AAAUUAACCCAGCAUGCAGUAAGAAUCAUUCUUACCUUUCAAAGUGGAAGUGAAGGACCCCGCUGACUGGAUGGCAUCACUCACAUGGUGAGGCGCAGGAAGAGGGAGACCGAAGGUGGAGUGCAGGCUGCCGACCGUGCAUUCACAGCGGGCGUCAGGGCUCUGACUCUUUACGGCUGAGUUAAGCGCUUCUUAACUACCUCGCAAAUCUGUUGCAAACGCGUGGCCUGAUCGCGGAAUGAAGACAUAGCCUCGCUGACACCCCCCCCCCUCCAAACGGUAUUGACACCGCAGCCGAGGAGGAAACAGAGCCGAGCCGAGCCGAGCCAGGUGACCCGUUAGCGCGGAUACGGGAAAGGUAACGAGACGAAUAACAACAGCUACAGAGGUGGAGGAGGGAUCACAGGGAGGACGGCUGCCGAGUAACACCGGAGAGGACACCCACCAUCACUAGGCAGCAUGGCAGACGCGGAGCUGGACUUCCAGACGGGCGAUGCCGGGGCGUCCGCCACCUACCCCAUGCAGUGCUCUGCCCUGCGCAAAAACGGCUUCGUGGUGCUGAAAGGCCGACCCUGCAAGAUCGUGGAGAUGUCCACCUCCAAGACGGGCAAGCACGGCCACGCUAAAGUGCACUUGGUUGGUAUCGACAUCUUCUCUGGUAAAAAGUAUGAAGAUAUUUGUCCUUCCACCCACAACAUGGACGUCCCCAACAUCAAGAGAAUGGAUUACCAGCUGAUUGGGAUCCAAGAUGGCUACCUGUCCCUGCUCCAGGACAGCGGGGAGGUGAGGGAGGACCUAAAGAUUCCUGAGGGAGACCUGGGAAGAGAGAUAGAGUGUAAACAUGAAGCUGGAGAGGAGAUCCUGAUCACCGUUUUAAAUGCAAUGGAAGAAGAAGCUGCAAUUGGCAUCAAAGCCUUGGGUAAAUAAGCCACUGCAGGGGCAACGAGAUACACUGGACCUGCAGAAAAGGAGGGGAUGUUGCCUCGUCAAUGCUAUUCUUCCCUUUUAAUCUAGUUUUGUCUAUGUUUUUCAUACUUUUAUUUCCCUUGCUCUGUUUUGACUCCUCUUUCAAAUAGAGAAUAACAAAAAUAAUGGAGAAACAUUCUCUACAUACAUGCAUCAUCAUAAAGCCACAUGAGUCUGGAUGCACACAUGUAAAGACUCGUAGAGGAUGACGUUCCUAAUAGCGUUCGUAGGUAUCCAGAUAUUCAGUGGGGACCUAUUAUCCAGGUAAAGAGGAAGAUUUUAUGAUACAGUAGUUGUUUGUGUGUUUCAAGGGCUUCAACUCAACAUCUACGGUGUUCUGUUGGGGCCUGUUUGCCAUAUGCCACACAGCUUUUGUGGCAAAAUAAGAAGCUCCCACAUUCUGCCGUUAUUUAUUUCCCCCAACUGAUAAAAAAAAGGCAGCAACGUGACACAUGCAAGGUUCCCUUUUUUAUCCCAAGGUUUGAAAGGAGGCGCAGGAACAAACCCCUGCCCCAACAACACAAAGUCUCCUUUAACCACACCUCAGUUUAUCUUGUCCACUUUCCUUUGCAGACAGUCAGACCAGGCCUCACACACAGCUGUUUGGAGAUAUGACCAGAGUAUUAUUUGGCAUCCUCUCAAACUGAGUAACGACUCUGAAGGCAGAGAGGUUGUUACAGUUUGGUAUCCUUACUUUGUGUUCAGACAGCAAGUCCAAACUGUGCAGAAUGUCUCCAUGGCCGAAACAAUAAAGACGUUACAAACUUU